AUGAAUGAACUUUCAAUAUUCUUUUAUGGAGAUUCAAAUCUUUAUGGGAUUGAAGCUGUGACUUAUAAACGUUAUUCUUCCAAAGACAGAUUUUCUAAUAUUGUAAUUGAACAAUUAAAAAAAGAAUUUACAAAAGUCAAUUGUAUUGUUGAUGGAAAACCUGCUCGUUCAUUAAAAUAUGAAAACAUACCAUUUGGUAUUACUAAUGGGUUAAAAGAAUAUGAUCAAUUCUUAUUAAAGAUUACCUCCAAUCCAUUUUCAACAAACAAAGUAUUAAUUAUUUCAUUAUGUAUUAAUGAUAUUCUUUCAAAAGCAACUUCACAACAAGUUAUUGAUGUAUUACAACAAUAUAUCGAAAAAGUUCAAAAACAAACAAAAAUAAUUGUUUUAAUUCCACCACCACUUCAAUAUUGUACAUUUGAAAGUUGGAAAUCUACAGUAAAUCCAGUGAUUGAAGAAUCAUUGAAAUUUGUUCAUCAAUUAAAAAGUGUUGUUGAAUUAUGGAAAAAGCAAGAAAUAAUAGAUGGGUUUGUUGAUUUAGAUGGGAUGAGUGUUGGAGAAGAUGGUGUUCAUUUCACAUCAGAAGCACAUCACCAAAUUGCAGAAAAGUUACUUUCAGUUCUUCAUGAAGUUUUAAUUUGA